UGCCCCUCUCCCUUUAAGCUGUUGCAGCACCAGUGGCUGCUCUGACCAUCCCAGCAGACAUGAGGAGGCUGCAGCCAAUUCUACUCUUGCAACUGAAGAGCAACAGACUUCAAGGUGAAAAUGUUGGUGGGGAGAGUUCUGCCGCUGGCAGCUGAACCCUGGCGUUUCCCACUAUGGAAUCAUUGCUGAACACAGUGUGCAGCAAGGACUGUGAGGGGAGUGAGAGUCACUGCAGCAGCCUGGGCGGCUGGGACAUCUGCCACAGGGCUCCUCUCAUCCCCUGCACGGGCUCCUCUCCUCCACAGUUCACGGUGUGCCUGCGGUGCAAGGGGCAGACCAUUUACCAGCAGGUCUUGUCCCUGGAGAGACCCAGCAGCCUGCAGGGCUGGAACUGGGGCUACUGCGGCCGCUACGCCUUUUACCACGCCCUGUACCCCCGUGCCUGGCUGGUCUACGAGCUGCCGGGGCAGCAGGUGGUGCUCACCUGCCGGCAGGUCUCGCCCGUCAUCCCCCAUGACUAUAAGGUAAGGCGGUGA